AUACAGGUACUGAGGCUAAAAAUUAACAUCUGCUCAUAUAAUAAUAUAAGAUGAGUUGAAACGAUCCAUUAGAACUUCAAGAAAAAUAUAACCUUUCAUCCGAUGAAAUGAUAUUCCAAAUCGUGUGCCACCGUUGCCGGCAAAAGCUAACGGCGCCGGCCUAUGCCGAGAAAAUUACUUGCCCACACUGUGGCCAGGUCAAUCCAAUUAUAAAGAAACCGUCGCCGGUUAUAUCCGAUGAAAUGAUAAUCAAAAUCGUGUGCCACCGUUGCCGGCAAAAGCUAACUGCGCCGGCCUAUGCCGAGAAAAUUACUUGCCCACACUGUGGCCAGGUCAAUCCAAUUAUAAAGAAACCGUCGCCGGUGACUUCCCGAGAUCAGGGGAAGAUAAGUCCGCCGUUGAUAUGCAAACCUAUGGAGAAACUGAAGAGAUUACUGCUCGGUAACACCCAGAGACUUUCGGAUUCAUCGGGGUCAUCAUCCUCGCCGCCGUCCAAGCUUUGUUCUUUGGACUACUGCGGCAACCAUCCGGCGAAGAAACGAGCGGUGCUUUGUGGCGUGAGUUACAAAAAAGGGAAGUAUAAGCUUGAAGGGCCCAUUAACGACGUGAUGAACAUGAAAACUUUAUUGACUCAAACGUACGGAUUUCCAGAGCGAAAUAUUUUAGUGCUCACAGAGGAAGAAUCAGACAUUCGACUGAUCCCAACGAAGGCUAACAUCGAGACAUGCUUGAAAUGGCUGGUGAACGAUUGUCAGAAGGGAGAUUCAUUGGUUUUCUUUUACUCCGGUCAUGGGUCACAACAACCUGAUUUCAACCAAGAUGAACGUGAUGGGUUCGACGAAACCAUUUGCCCUGUUAAUUUCCUUAGAGAAGGAAUGAUUGUCGAUAAUGACAUUUACGCCACCAUUGUUAAGCCAUUAUCGGAAGGUGUUACGCUUCACGCCAUUGUUGAUGCUUGCCAUAGCGGAACUAUUCUUGAUCUAGAGCAUGUCUAUGAAAGAGACAAGAGAAUGUGGGUAGAUAAUAGUCCUCCAUCAGGUGUGAGAAAAAAAACAAGUGGUGGCAUAGCAUAUUCUAUAAGUGCUUGCGAAGAUUAUCAAGUUGCUGCGGAUACAUCUGCUUUAAAUUCAAAUACAGUGAAUGGAGCAAUGACAUAUAUUUUAAUAGAUGUUGUGAGAUGCAACCCAAAUAUAACAUAUGGAGACCUACUUGACCAAAUUGAGACGAGAAUUGAAGAUGCCAACCAACAAGGAUGCUUUGGUGGUUCAAGAAUAUUAAGCAAAUUGUUUGGUCCCAAUCUCACCCAGAAGCCUGUGCUUUCAGCUUCUGAAGAGUUUCCAGUUUACGAGAGAAAAUUUAGACUUUAAUUGUAUUCUAUAUUUAUAUUGGAUCCGCCAUUGAAGCAACAAAGUGCUGUUUGAGGAAAACUUUGUACACUGUAUACAAAGAGGUUAUAUAUAUAUAUAUAUAUAUAUAUGCCAAUAGGAUUUGAAUCCUUAUUUUUGUUAAAAUUUCCACAUAUUUUUAUUGUCAAAAAUUGGUCACUGUAUAUUAGCAUGAGGCAUAUCUGAUAAUGGAUGAAAUUUUUAACAAAAA